GCGGCCCGGGUUCCAGCAGCCGCCCCGCCCUCCGGCUCGCGGCGGAUUCGGCGCUGCGGCUGGAGCCGGCGGCCGGGCGGCUGCCUGUCCGGGCUGGGUCUGGCCGAGCCUCGCGUCGCCGUGCAGUGCGCCGGGUGUCCGGGAGAUGGCUUCCCCUCUCUCGCCCGCUGCUCCCGCUAUUGUCUCACCCGGGGUGGCCUGACUCUGCGAGCUCGCGCACGCUCUCGGCGGAGAGCACCCCUCCCCGCCCCCCAAACUGGUCCUUGCACCCUUGGCUACCUCUCCCUCUCCCCGUUGGACCCCAGGGCCGGCGCGGAGCCUGGAGAGGGGAGCGGCCCGGGAGCGGGCGGCGUGCGGCCGGCCAGCUCCCCUCGCGCUGGUGCAAGAGGCGCUUGGAGCCGCAGAGCGAGCCCGGGAGGCGCGGAGCGAGCAGCCCACGUCGCCGGGCACAAGACACGUCGGGUGUUGCAGCAGAGCCCGCAGCUAGCGCAGGUGCCCAGACACCAUGUCACAACCCUCCAGAACUGAGGUUGGCAGGAAGUAGAGGCUUCUUUGGCUCCUGUGUUCCCCAUCCUCACCAUGUCUUCGACUCAGGGCAAUGGGGAGCACUGGAAGUCCCUGGAGUCUGUGGGCAUCAGCCGCAAAGAGCUGGCGAUGGCCGAAGCCCUGCAGAUGGAGUAUGAUGCCCUGUCCCGGCUCCGGCAGGACAAGGAGGAGAGCAGAGCCAAGCAGAACGCAGACCCCUCUCUCAUCAGCUGGGAUGAGCCUGGGGUAGACUUCUACAGCAAGCCAGCAGGAAGGCGGACCGACCUCAAGCUGUUACGCGGUCUCUCUGGCUCUGAUCCUACCCUCAACUACAACUCACUCUCCCCACAGGAAGGGCCGCCCAACCACUCUACCUCCCAAGGGCCCCAGCCUGGCCCAGAUCCCUGGCCCAAAGGCUCCCUGUCUGGAGACUAUCUCUACAUUUUUGAUGGUUCAGAUGGGGGAGUCUCUUUGUCCCCAGGUCCAGGAGACAUAGAGGGCUCUUGCAAGAAACUAUCCCCACCUCCUCUGCCUCCCCGAACCUCUAUCUGGGAUACCCCUCCCCUACCUCCCAGAAAGGGGUCCCCGUCAUCCUCUAAGAUCUCCCAGCCCAAUGACAUCAACACUUUCUCUUUGGUCGAACAAUUGCCAGGAAAACUGCUAGGGAACCAGAUCCUGGAAGAGGAAGAGGUGCCAGGAGGUAGGGGUCAGGGCCGCCUGCUGGGGUCUGUGGACUAUGAUGGCAUCAACGAUGCAAUUACAAGGCUCAACUUGAAGUCAACCUAUGACGCGGAGAUGUUGCGGGAUGCCACCAGGGGCUGGAAGGAGGGCCGAGGGACCCUGGACUUCAGCAAAGACACCUCUGGAAAACCCGUGGCCCGGAGCAAGACUAUGCCCCCUCAGGUGCCCCCCCGCACCUAUGCCUCCCGCUAUGCCAACCGAAAGAAUGCGACACCUGGCAAGAACCGCCGGAUUUCUGCAGCUCCGGUGGGCUCCCGGUCCCACACCGUUGCCAAUGGCCAUGAGUUGUUUGAGGUCUCAGAAGAGAGAGAUGAAGAGGUUGCUGCAUUUUGCCACAUGCUGGAUAUCCUUCGAUCUGGCUCUGACAUCCAGGACUACUCCCUCACUGGCUAUGUUUGGAGUGCUGUCACCCCUAGUCCAGAGCACCUGGGGGAUGAGGUCAACCUGAAGGUGACGGUGUUGUGUGACAGCCUUCGAGAAGCACUCACUUUUACCUGCAACUGUUCCUCCACUGUAGACUUGCUUAUCUACCAGACCCUGUGCUACACCCAUGAUGACCUGAGGAACGUGGACGUGGGUGACUUUGUGCUGAAGCCCUGUGGGCUGGAGGAGUUCCUACAGAACAAGCACGCCUUGGGCAGCCAUGAGUACAUCCAACACUGCUGCAAGUUUGACAUUGACAUUCGGCUGCAGCUGAUGGAGCAGAAGGUCGUGCGCAGUGACCUGGCCCGGACGGUGAAUGAUGACCAGAGCCCCUCCACCUUGAACUACCUCGUCCAUCUCCAAGAGAGGCCCGUCAAGCAGACCAUCAGCAGGCAGGCCCUGAGUCUUCUGUUUGACACUUACCACAAUGAGGUGGAUGCCUUCCUGCUGGCUGACGGGGACUUCCCGCUGAAGGCUGACAGGGUGGUCCAGUCCGUCAAGGCCAUCUGCAACGCCCUGGCCGCUGUGGAAACCCCUGAGAUCACCAAUGCUCUCAACCAGCUGCCCCCCUGCCCCUCCCGCAUGCAACCUAAAAUUCAGAAGGAUCCCAGCGUCUUGGCUGUGAGGGAAAACCGAGAGAAGGUCGUGGAAGCCCUGACCGCUGCCAUCUUGGACCUGGUGGAGCUGUACUGCAACACAUUCAACGCAGACUUCCAGACGGCAGUACCCGGAAGCUGCAAGCAUGACCUGGUCCAGGAGGCCUACCAUUUCUCCGGGGCCCUGGCCUUCACUGUCUAUGCCACUCAUCGUAUCCCCAUCACCUGGGCCACCAGCUAUGAAGAUUUCUACCUCUCCUGCUCCCUCAGCCAUGGUGGCAAGGAGCUGUGCAGCCCCCUGCAGACCCGAAGAGCCCACUUCUCCAAGUACCUCUUCCACCUCAUCAUCUGGGACCAGCAGAUCUGCUUCCCGGUGCAGGUGAACCGGCUGCCUCGGGAGACUCUGCUGUGUGCCACUCUGUAUGCUCUGCCCAUCCCCCCACCGGGGAGCUCCUCGGAGGCCAAUAAACAGCGGAGGGUGCCCGAAGCCUUGGGCUGGGUCACUACCCCACUCUUCAACUUCAGGCAGGUUCUGACCUGUGGCCGGAAGCUUCUGGGUCUGUGGCCAGCAACACAGGAAAGCCCUAGUGCCCGUUGGAGUGCACCGAACUUCCACCAGCCAGACAGCGUCAUCCUGCAGAUUGACUUCCCCACCUCGGCCUUUGACAUCAAGUUCACCAGCCCCGCUGGAGACAAGUUCAGCCCCCGCUAUGAGUUUGGCAGCCUCCGGGAAGAAGACCAGCGCAAGCUUAAAGACAUCAUGCAGAAGGAGUCCCUGUACUGGCUCACUGAUGCUGACAAGAAGCGCCUUUGGGAGAAGCGAUAUUACUGCCACUCGGAGGUGAGCUCACUCCCCCUGGUGCUCGCCAGCGCCCCCAGCUGGGAGUGGGCUUGCCUGCCCGACAUCUAUGCUCUCCUGAAGCAGUGGACCCACAUGAACCACCAGGAUGCCCUGGGGCUCCUGCAUGCCACCUUCCCGGACCAGGAGGUGCGUCGUAUGGCUGUGCAGUGGAUUGGCUCACUCUCAGAUGCCGAGCUGCUGGACUACCUGCCCCAGCUGGUACAGGCCCUAAAGUACGAGUGCUACCUGGACAGCCCGUUGGUGCGCUUCCUCCUGAAACGAGCUGUGUCCGACUUGAGAGUGACUCACUACUUCUUCUGGUUGCUGAAGGACGGCCUCAAGGACUCUCAGUUCAGCAUCCGCUACCAGUAUCUGCUGGCAGCCUUACUGUGCUGCUGUGGCAAGGGGCUCAGAGAAGAGUUUAACCGCCAGUGCUGGCUUGUCAACGCCCUGGCCAAACUGGCCCAGCAGGUCCGGGAGGCAGCCCCAUCGGCAAGGCAGGGAAUCCUCCGCACGGGCCUGGAGGAGGUGAGGCAGUUCUUUAUCCUCAAUGGCUCGUGCCGUCUGCCGCUCAGCCCCAGUCUGCUGGUUAAGGGAAUCGUGCCCAGGGACUGUUCCUACUUCAACUCCAAUGCUGUCCCCCUCAAACUCUCCUUCCAAAAUGUGGAUCCCCUGGGUGAGAACGUCCGUGUCAUCUUCAAGUGUGGGGACGACCUUCGCCAGGACAUGCUAACGCUGCAGAUGAUUCGCAUCAUGAGCAAGAUCUGGGUCCAGGAGGGGCUGGACAUGCGCAUGGUCAUCUUCCGCUGCUUCUCCACUGGCCGGGGCAGAGGGAUGGUGGAGAUGAUCCCUAAUGCCGAGACCCUACGUAAGAUCCAGGUGGAGCAUGGGGUGACCGGCUCGUUCAAGGACCGGCCCCUGGCAGACUGGCUGCAGAAACACAACCCUGCGGAGGACGAGUAUGAGAAGGCUGUGGAGAACUUUAUCUACUCCUGUGCUGGCUGCUGCGUGGCCACGUACGUCUUGGGCAUCUGUGACCGACAUAAUGACAACAUCAUGCUGAAGACCACUGGUCACAUGUUCCACAUUGAUUUUGGCCGCUUCCUGGGCCAUGCCCAGAUGUUUGGCAACAUCAAGCGGGACCGUGCCCCCUUUGUCUUCACCUCGGACAUGGCGUAUGUCAUCAACGGGGGUGACAAGCCUUCCAGCCGCUUCCAUGAUUUUGUUGACCUUUGCUGCCAAGCCUACAACCUCAUUCGCAAGCAUACCCACCUCUUCCUCAACCUUCUGGGCCUGAUGUUGUCCUGUGGGAUCCCUGAGCUCUCAGACCUGGAAGACCUCAAGUAUGUGUAUGAUGCCCUGAGGCCUCAGGACACAGAGGCGAAUGCCACUACGUACUUCACUAGGUUGAUUGAGUCCAGCCUGGGCAGUGUAGCCACAAAGCUCAAUUUUUUCAUCCAUAAUCUGGCUCAGAUGAAGUUCACGGGCUCAGAUGACCGGCUGACCCUCUCCUUUGCCUCCCGAACACACACUCUCAAGAGCUCUGGCCGCAUCACGGAUGUCUUCCUCUGCCGCCAUGAGAAGAUCUUCCACCCCAGCAAAGGCUAUAUAUACGUGGUAAAGGUGAUGCGAGAGAAUGCUCACGAGGCCACCUAUAUCCAGCGGACCUUUGAGGAGUUCCAGGAAUUGCACAAUAAGCUGCGGCUGUUCUUCCCUUCUUCCCACUUGCCCAGCUUCCCUAGUCGCUUCGUGAUUGGCCGCUCGCGGGGAGAGGCGGUGGCCGAGCGGCGGAGGGAGGAGCUAAACGGCUACAUCUGGCACUUGAUCCACGCAACCCCCGAGGUGGCCGAGUGUGAUUUGGUGUACACCUUCUUCCACCUGCUGCCCCGGGAUGAGAAGGCUAUGGGCACCAGCCCAGCUCCUAAGUCCUCAGAUGGCACAUGGGCCCGGCCCGUCGGAAAGGUGGGAGGGGAGGUGAAGCUGUCCAUCUCCUACAAAAACAAUAAGCUCUUCAUCAUGGUGAUGCAUAUUCGGGGCUUGCAGCUGCUCCAGGAUGGAAAUGACCCUGACCCCUAUGUGAAAAUUUACCUCCUUCCUGACCCUCAAAAAACCACUAAGAGGAAAACCAAAGUGGCCCGGAAAACCUGCAACCCUACCUACAAUGAGAUGUUGGUGUAUGAUGGGAUUCCCAAGGGAGACCUGCAGCAGCGGGAGCUCCAGCUGAGCGUGCUGAGUGAGCAGGGAUUCUGGGAGAACGUCCUUCUCGGUGAGGUACACAUCCGCCUACGAGAGCUGGACCUGGCUCAGGAGAAGACUGGCUGGUUCGCACUGGGAUCUCGAAGUCAUGGCACCUUGUGAGCCCAGCAGAGCUACCGCCCAGAUCCUAGGCUGGUGGCGGGAGCUGGGAGAGAGGACUCUCUCCUGCGAGACUCUUCCUUGUGAAGGGCAGGGGCCCUGGGUGGGCCUCUGGCUUGGUCCAGGUGAUUCUGGCCCCCGUGGUAGGAGUCAGGGAGAGUAAGACGCUCUCUGCUGUCUCUUCGUCUGCAGACUGAACGUGGGUUGGUUGUGAUGAGCAGCCCCUUGGGAGGCUGUGAGGUUGCAGCAAAGUUUUAAGUUUACCUUGUGUCAAGGGAGCAAUGCCUGGUUUGGGGAGUAUGUGGGGUGGGCUGUAUGAAGUAGCAUUUCAGGGGCGGGUGGGUGGAUAUCUUUAUUUUUAAAAAAUGAAAUAGUGAUGUUGUCCUAACUGGGACAGGAAGCCUUGCGAGAAGGGACAUAUCUAUGCCUCAGAAGGCAAGAGAGGAAGACUGUUUGGACUUUUUGUAUGAUAAGGUUCUUAUUGGACUUUUCCCUAGAUUUUUGGUGGUGUUUUGUUUUCUAGCUAUAGGAACGAUUUGGGGAGGGGCCCAGUGGGUCCUCGGUCAGAGCUCUCCCUCUCUAAGGGCAGGUUGGGGAGGGUAGGGAGGGCUGCCUGUGCUGGACUGAGGCCUCUGCCACUGGGCCUUUCUGAUUUUGCCUCCAAAGGAGAGCACUGUGAUACCUACACGUGUAAGGAAGGGCCUUCCGUAUUGGGGUUCCGCCAAGGACCCAUAUUCAGGGACCCAUGCUCUUUUGGGGGGACUUUUCCUCUUACCUUCCGUACUUUAUUAGGACUUGCCCUGAAUACCAUCUUCUCCCCCUUGCUCCUCCAUUCUCCUGGCCCUUCUGGGGGUCUGCUGGUCUCUAUGAAAAUGCUGGGGGUGCUCCCCCAUAGGUCUCUCCCUUCAUUUCUCUCUGGUGGGACAAAAUACUGCCUGAGUCCUUAGAUGUAGUUUCACUCAAGAGCAUCUUGGCCCUGGGAAGAGCUCCCUGGGCUGCGGAUGCCGCUGUGACUGCUCGCUCGGUGGCCUCUGGAAAGCAUUCCCCAUCCAUCACUGCCCACUUCCUUCUGCUCUGCUGCUUCCCUCUGGAGCUCCAUUUCUGUCACCCUUUUAUAAGACUUUUCCUCAUUCUGUGGGGCCAUAAACCUAUUUAGUCUGGAGCCAAAGGAAUGCCCUAUCUGAAGGAAAGGGGCAUGGGGUGGGGUGGGGGAUUCCAUCAAAACUGUUUUUUUUUUUUUUUCCCCCAUGAUUUUCUUUGGUCUGUAGGAGGCUGGAUUGGAGUGAUGAUUAUUCCCCUGGAGCUAAGCUCAGGAGCCCGAAGGGAGAGACAGAGUCUCUUAUCUCUUCAUAUUCUUUUUUUUUUUUUUUUUUUUUUUGAGAUGGAGUUUCGCUCUUGUUACCCAGGCUGGAGUGCAAUGGCGCGAUCUCGGCUCACUGCAACCUCCGCCUCCUGGGUUCAGGCAAUUGUCCUGCCUCAGCCUCCUGAGUAGCUGGGAUUACAGGCACGUGCCACCAUGCCCAGCUAAUUUUUUGUAUUUUUAGUAGAGACGGGGUUUCACCGUGUUGACCAGGUUGGUCUCGAUCUCUCGACCUUGUGAUCCACCCGCCUCGGCCUCCCAAAGUGCUGGGAUUACAGGCUUGAGCCAUGGCGCCCGGCUCUCUUCAUAUUCUUUAUUCCCUACCAGAUGGAUUUUAUGAUUACUCUUUUGUGUUUCACUCCAAAGGGUUGUCUUCCUUGCCAAAAAGAGGGAGGGACUUUGAAUUUGAUAUUAACUUUUAAAACCAGAGUUGGCUGGAUGUUUCCCGUGAUUGGGAAAAGAGUGAAAUGAGGAGGUUCUUGUUCUGUAAACUGUCCCUCCCUAAUUCAAAGGAUCAGAAACUCCCUGUUCUGCUGACUCAUUCCAUAAUGGGAGAAAGAAGCUCCAUUGACUGAAGCCACAGGGCAGCAUGGAAGUUUAACUUUUCUCUAAAAUUAAAAUGCCGAGAAUAAAGCUGGCUGCUUCCGGGAGGGGGAAGGGGAGUGGAGAGCAGGUGGUGAAACUUUUCCAGAUGAAUGGACCAUAAAUGUGUUACUGGCUUUGUGCCUGUAGCUCAUUUUAUUAUGACCCUGUAUGCUCCUGAUUUAAAGAGAUCUGUGUACUGUUUACUUCCCACUUCCCAGAAUCCCUUGUAUCUCCUUUCUUGGGAAUUGUAUUUUCUAAUAAAUGCCAUUUGAGAAAAAAA